GUUGGACAAAUUCCUUUCUUCUCUGACUUUCCUGUUUACUUUAGUUGUUCUUGGGCUGGCAAGGCAGUCAGUUUGCCAAGUUUCGCUGAUCUUCAUACUAUAAGUGGCAAAGAAAGCGCGUUGAAAUUGCUUUCCUUUGCACCCUAAUCAACACCAACAGAUCUGCGAAAAUGUUCCGCCUAAAAUGAGUCCGGCGGCUUCUUAUUGGACGAAAUUAGUUGCCCCGCCCAAAACAGGAAAUCCUAUUGGAUACUGCAAGGCGAUUUCGGCAGUAUUGAAUUCUCAUUGGCCGUAUGAUAUUUCACACUGCUGGACGGGCCAACAACAACAACAUAGAUAGGGUGAAGAACUGUCAGGAUGGAUGCAGCUACUCUCACAUACGACACACUUGGCUUUGGAGAGUUUGACGAUUUUCCAGAGACCUCAGAGCCAGUGUGGAUCUUGGGGAAAGAAUUCAAUGCACUCACAGAAAAGGAAGACAUUCUUUCAGAUGUCACUUCACGACUAUGGUUCACCUACAGAAAAAACUUCCCGCCCAUUGGAGGGACAGGGCCUACGUCCGACACAGGCUGGGGCUGCAUGCUGCGAUGUGGACAGAUGAUCCUAGGCGAGGCCCUGGUCCGCAGGCAUCUAGGCCGUGACUGGAGAUGGGUGAGGAGCCAGUCUCAGAGAGAAGACUACAUCGGUAUCCUCAACGCCUUCCUUGACAAGAAAGACGGCUACUAUUCUUUGCAUCAAAUCGCCCAGAUGGGAGUCGGGGAGGGGAAGUCUAUAGGCCAGUGGUACGGACCGAACACAGUGGCACAGGUACUGAAGAAACUAGCUGUGUUUGACUCGUGGAGUCGCCUGGCUGUACACGUUGCUAUGGACAACACUGUGGUGAUCGAAGAGAUCAAGCGGUUGUGUAUGCCCUGGCUGGACUAUGGUGGAGCAGCGUGUGUGGAUCUCCAGGGGGGUAUGUCAGAGCGUAACGGCUGCCUGGAGGGGGCUUGCGCCCUGGCUGAGGACGAGACAGCUCUCUGGAACCCCCUGCUCCUCCUCAUUCCUCUCAGGCUGGGCCUAAGCGAUAUCAACGAGGCCUACAUCGAGACCCUGAAGUGCUUCCAGCUGCCCCAGUCCCUGGGUGUCAUCGGAGGGAAACCCAACAGUGCCCAUUACUUCAUAGGCUAUGUUGGAGAAGAGCUGAUCUACCUGGACCCCCACACCACCCAGCCUGCGGUAGAGCCCUGUGAGGACAGCCAGGUCCCAGACGACACUUACCACUGUCAGCACCCGCCGUGCCGCAUGCAGAUCUGUGAAAUAGACCCCUCCAUCGCAGUGGGUUUCUUCUGCAGAACGGAGGACGACUUCGAUGACUGGUGUAUGCGCUUCCGAAAGUUGUCCCACACUAGAGCAGGCCUGCCCAUGUUUGAACUGAUAGACUGUCAACCAUCUCACUUCGCCUGUUCUGUAGAUGUACUCAACCUCAACCCUGAUUUCUCAGACUCUGAUAGGUUGGAGCGGUUCUUUGAUUCUGAGGAUGAAGAGUUUGAAAUUCUGUCCCUGUGAUGAUCGAAUACAGUCAUGUGUCCCGGCAGAACCACAACGAUUCUGCUCUGUAUCAGAAGGGAAGCCAUAGGGGACAGGAGAUAACAACAACAUCACUAGCCAAGCCUGGCAACGAUGGCGGAGUGAUGUGUCAACACAGUUGUCUUCUGAACAGCCACUGACUGCCCUGUGUCCAAUGAGGAGACUCCUUGCUAGGAGGUGGUGAUACAAGGGUAGUGGGAGCUUUCAGGACAUCUUCAAAUGUCUCCAUUAAGUCUUAACACUUAGGAAAGGAAAUAUUUCUAGUGAUAUGGUGCCUUGACCCCGCCCCCUCCCCAUUAAAAAGCUGAGUUUCCAUAACACAGUUGACUAGUGUUUAAUCCGUAACGGUUUACUACUAUACUUAUUGCUUAGGUCACUGAUAUCUGCAGUCUCUGUAUUAACGGAUGAACACCAACAUUUGGUUGAGUGAAAUUCGCUGAUCCAAAUAGAUUAUCUUGUUCAUUCGGAGUAUCGUUGUCACGUUAAAUCUCUCUGUACAAAACACUGAUUUUCCUCAAUUCACGAAGAUGAACAGACCCUUUGAAAUGUUAAUAAGGACAAAAUAAGAAAUAAAUUUACAGCUUGGACAUGUAUUUAA